CCGGCGCCGCCAUGUCCAUGGAGGACCCCUUCUUCGUGGUGAAGGGGGAGGUGCAGAAAGCAGUGAACACUGCCCAGGGGCUCUUUCAGAGGUGGACAGAGCUCUUGCAAGAUCCCUCUAUCGCCACUAGAGAAGAAAUCGACUGGACCACUAAUGAGCUCCGGAACAAUUUGCGGAGCAUUGAGUGGGACUUGGAAGACCUGGAUGAAACAAUUAGCAUCGUCGAGGCCAACCCGCGGAAAUUCAACCUCGAUGCCACCGAGCUGGGCAUACGCAAAGCCUUCAUCACGGGCACGCGGCAGGUGGUCAGGGACAUGAAGGAUCAGAUGUCAAACUCUUCCAUGCAAGCACUGGCUGAAAAAAAAAACAGGCAGGCACUCCUGGGAGAAAGUGGAAGUCAGAGCUGGAGCUCUGGACCUGACAAAUACAGCCGCCUGGACCGGGAUCUGCAGCUAGCAAAUUCGCACUUCAUUGAGGAGCAACAAGCCCAACAACAGCUGAUUGUGGAGCAGCAAGAUGAGCAGCUGGAGCUGGUCUCUGGCAGCAUCGGGGUGCUGAAGAACAUGUCGCAGCGCAUCGGCGGCGAGCUGGAGGAGCAGGCAGUGAUGCUGGACGACUUCUCGCAUGAAUUAGACAGCACCCAGUCACGGCUUGAUAACGUCAUGAAGAAGCUUGCAAAAGUGUCCCACAUGACAAGCGAUCGACGGCAGUGGUGCGCGAUUAUCGUCCUCUUUGUUAUCUUGCUGGUGGUGCUCAUCCUGCUUUUUGUCCUGUGACGGACUGAACUUCUUGGACGCCCCCCUUCCUGUCCCCUUGCCCUCUUAAAAUGGGGAUAUGAAACUGUUGCUGUUUCCGUCCGCCCUCAGAGCACCCCGUGGAGAAAACCCGCGCCCAGCUCUUGCCAUCCCGCUGAGGACUGAGUGCCGUGGGCGGGCGCUGCUGUCGCCCCGCUCAUCCCUGGGUGGGGGGAUUUGCAGGAGUUUGUCCCCGUGCGGGGACCGGGCUGCCUCUGCCCUCGCGGCUGCCGGCUCAGGACUAGGGCAGCUGGAAAGGGCUCGACCACUGUGCCCCCUUCCCAGGUAGGAGCCUUGGGUGCCGAGCCCGCCGGGGUCACGCACAGGGACGGCGCAGCUUGUCCUUAGCGGGGGAAGGAGGGCUGGCUGUUCACUGUGAGGAGCGGCAGCAGCAGCCAGCUGUGUGGCACCCGUGGGCGCUCACGAGGGAGGCAGGGUGGCCCAGGGCCCUUUCAUUUCUCCUUGGGCCACCCUCGCUCUGCAGCUGUGCCCUAGGCCCCCCCGCCAAGGCGACUGCUUUGUCUUGCCAACCAAAAGCAGCCGCCAGAAGUGCUGUCUCAACCAGACAAAAACAAGCAACGUGAACACGUACCUGGGUGUCCACGGCGCAGCUGGCCGCCUUCCUGCGCGCGGGCUUGCAAAAUACUGCCGCGGAUCCGGAGCAGAGCGUAAGCAGCGCAGGGUGUGCUCUCCUGCCACAGGUGAGACCAUGGUCACAAGAAACUCCAGAGCUUUAAGCUUGUGUUAAUGCACUGCAGGCUGGAAGCUGGCAAACAAACAUCAGCCUGGGGGCAAGUGUCGUAGAGCUUCUCAAAGUCUCCUUCCUUAUACGGGCCUUUAAAGCUCUUGGACUGAUGCUUUCCUUGUGUCACUGAAUAGCUUCUUCUGUCCAACAGCUGCUUCCCUUUGGCGAGUGACUUGUCAGUUCCAAAAUAAAUUAUUUUUUUUUUAGGAAAAGAACGUUAAAGAUUUUUUCAGUGACCAUUAGAGCCACAUUAUCUCUGUGGAUGCAAGACGUGUUAUCAGAGGAAUAGGGUUUAAUUAUGUAUUUUAACUGCAUAUGAACAUGUAAAUAGAAUGUCUGAACUUUUCCCAACUUAUAUUUUUUUUUGGGAUACUUACUUCGUAUGAAGCCAGAAGGCAUGAAAUUCAGAGCUAAGUCGCCUUUCUGUAUUACUGCCCAGGCCUUUGGUUACCUCUAAUUUGUCUCAGAUGUGUUGCUUAGGCCUAGUUUUCCUGCUCCUGCAGCAGUUUAGGAGGUAUAGCCAGUUAGUUGAAACCUAAUGUGGUCUAGAAAGCUCAUCCUGGCAGUAUUACUUGGGAGAAAUACCAGUAGGAGUUUUGUGUUGCACUG